ACACAGAACUUCCGCAUCAGAAGCAGAACUUUGUUGCAGUUCCUGUUUUCAAAAAUGUUAUCAGAAGUAAAUUGCCUAUACAUAACCAUCCAUCACAGGUUAUGAUGAAGAGCCAGGUAGCGCUCCUUUAUGUCCUGAUCAUUAUGAGUGAAGGAUCAGCCCAAAGCCUGAAACCCCGUCGGAGCGUUUCCUUCUCAGAUGUUAACCUGAAGCUGUUUAAGGAGCCUGACUUUGACGGUUUGAGCUCCAUGCUGGUGAGAGAAGACAUCGGUCUGCUCUUCAUCGGAGCCAGAGGAAAGGUCAUCACGCUCAGUUUGGAUGACAUCACUGAGAAGACCAGCGAGACUGAAUGGAUGGUGAGCUCUGGAGAAAAAUCUGAGUGUAUAGUUAAAGGCAAGAGCAUUGAGGACUGUGAAAACUACAUCACAACGCUGCACACUCUGAAUGAUGGCAGAAUCUUUACGUGUGGAACCCGUGCAUUCAAACCUCUCUGCACACACCUGUUAUUCAAAGGAGGAAAUGUCACCAUGGAAACCACAACUCAGGAUGGCAGGGGGAGAGCUCCCUUUAAUCCCCAUGAAGAGUUUGCCACAAUGAUGAAUGAAAACACAUUAUAUUCGGCUGUUUCUGUAGACUUCAUGGGGAAAAGAAAUAUUUUCCUGAAAACCGGACGCAAUUAUCUCUCUACUGAAGACAAAGCAUCUUGGUUCAACGACCCCAUCAUGAUUUCCAUAAAUGUUGCUGAAAUCAGAAAAAGUUCAAAGAACAAAGACGAUGACAAUUUGUUCGUGUUCUUCACUGAGACUGCUGUGGAGGAACGACGCAGCAACCUGCGUUUGUCGAGAAUUGCACGAGUGUGUAAAAGCGACUUGGGAGGCUUCACAAUUUCAGAGAAAAAGUGGACUUCUUUCCUGAAAGCCCGUCUGGACUGCCCGUUUGGAGACACAGGUUCACUUUCUCUGGUGCAGGACGUCUUUCUUCUCAAAGAUAAAAAUAAUGCGACAGAGAGCCUCUUCUAUGCAACAUUCGCCUCUAGCCCGGAGCCAUCUAGUACCUGCAGUCAGUCUGCUGUCUGUGCCUAUAAGGUGUCAGACAUCCAGCAAGUUUUCAGGGGGAACCUUCUGGAUGAGAUAAUUCCUGGAGGUUGGGUGAAGUACAUGGGAAAAGAGAACUUCGCCUACCCUCGUUCAUGUAUUAAUGAUGAAAUGCGAGCCAACGGUGUGAAGACCUCUUUCAACAUCCCAGAAAAUGUCCUUCUGUUUGCGAAGAACCACCCUCUGAUGGAGGGAGCGGUGACCCCGAUCACUGGGAGGCCCCUGCUGGUCUGGUCUGCAGCCCAGUUCUCCAGAAUCGUUGUUGACAAAGUAACCUCUCUGGAUGGACAGCAGCACAUCAUCAUGCUUAUUAGCAACAGUAAGUAACUGGAUCAUAUAUGA